AUGGGCCUGACGCACCUCUUCAAAGAGGAAGGAACAAAAGCGGAGGGUGACACGCUGCUGCACCAAGAAGGUCUCACUUGCACCUAUAAGAGACCCUAUCGCAAGGGUCUUGCCACGACGCCCCCUCCGCCGCCCGAAGGUGACGACUGGUCCGCUCGAAACUGGCCAAAGCCCUUCAACGAGAAAGGCCAAGAGCAUCGCGAUAAAGGCUGGAUCGACCGCGCCUGCGACCGCUGCCGUCACCACAAGAUUUCGUGUGAAGGCAAGCUGCCUUGUUUGUAUUGCUUCCAAGACAGGGUGGAGUGCACCUUCAAGCGAGAGCCUCGGGUAUUGCACGACCGCAGCGAAGACCUACCCCCCCAGCAGUUGAUAGAUAAUGCCAAGCGGUCAAUCUCGGCGGCACAAGCUUUCGCAAGAACUAACCAAGCGUCUUCGGCUCCAGCUUCGCCUGGUCGCCUUGUCCUUUACUCUGGCGACCAGCCCUUCCACUCGUCAGCGCCCAAUGUAUUCCCCUCGGAAGUAGAGAUGUGGCGCCUGAUGCAAGACAAGUUCGCCACGGGGUGGACCGAGACCUUCCAUUUCCUUCACCGUCCGACCGCUUGGGGGUGGCUGCUUGCUGUUUUCCGGAACUGGAAUGACGGCAACCCGCUGGAGACGGGCAUCGGCCAUGCGAAGGCCAUCAUACCUAUCAUGACCAUGGCUCUCAGCACCAUGUUCAACUACCGCCCCUGGCGCCAAACCCGAAAGGACGCGAGUUGGAACUGGCUCUGGACUAUCGGAACCGGCGAUGACCUCUUCACCGCCACCAUAAGGCUGACAGACCAAGAACUCGGCCCACCUACUUUACAUUCCGUGCAGGCCCGUCUCCUCCAGGUUUUCUAUCUCCUUUGCACAUGCCGGCUGAGCCAAGCCUGGUACAUCUCUGGCAACGCCGUCAACAUGUUGACUGCCUUCGGUCUUCACCGGCGACGCGGCAGAAACGGAGGACUGGGCCGCGAAAUCGUCACCCACCCUGACUACGCGUCGAUUCAGUGUGAAAGGCGAACCUUUCGGUCCGCCUAUGUCAUUGACAAGCAGCUCGCCAUGUUGUUAGGUCGGCCGGCAUACUUUAACCUUGAUACCGUCGACCAAGAAUUGCCAGACUGUGUAAACGACGAGGACAUGGGGCCCCACGGCCCUUUCAGACCGCACAAAGGUGACUGCUACCUCGAAGUGUUGGUUGAACAGGCCAAGUUGUGGAAAAUUGUACAAAAGAUUCAGCGCCAGGUCUAUACGCUCGACGACACACCGGAGGAUGAGAGGCUUGGGUGUGCCCUGCGGCUUGGUAAAGCCCUCGAGGAUUGGAAAGCCCAGCUGCCCUUCCUCAUGGACCGCAUUAAACCCUCCUUGCGCGGCUUGACCUAUCGCCGCCAGCAGCAAUUGCUGCAUUUGGCCUACUGGCGCGCCCAGAUUCUGGUGUACCGUCCGUUCCUGACGGCGCCAUACCCCGCAGACCGCGGAGAGAAACCAACCGCUGACUUCGCCAUCCGGACUUGGAUUGAAGCCGUUCGAGCCACGCUCGCCAUGACGGUGAAUCUCGCUCGUGAACAGGUUAAACGAGACAAGAGUCAUUUCCACACCCUGGUCUAUGCCCACCACCUCAUGUUUUUCGCCGGGGGUUGCCCAAACCACAGGGAUGGAUCCGAUGCUCAAUUGAGCGAGCUGGCCCAAAAGGCCAUUGGAGCGUUUCGUGAAAGCACCAGCGUAUACUCACCGGCGCGCACGUGGGCCGUCAUUCUCGAUGAGAUGCGAGAAGAGGCCUCCCGACAGGGGCCAACCCCAGACAGGGAACAGGAUGCCGAGGGAGAGAGUGAGGGCCCUCAGGACGACCCCGACUCGGCAGACGAACAGGUGCUGGAAGAUGCACUCCGAGCUCAUUGGGAAGCUGAUAUUACUCGCCAGGCGCUGGUGGACCAAAGCCGCAACAGCGACACUCCUGUCGAGCCUGCUACCCCUAUUGUCGCCCGACUUUGGGACAGGUGGAAGAGCACGGAUUGGCUCGAUUUCGAUUCUGCGGCUUUUGGCCCAAUUUCCGCAUUCGAGAAGGGCAAGGUUCCCAUCGCACCCCUUAACCCCUGA